AUGGCACCUCACCAGCGCUGGGGCGCAUCCAGCAACGAGGCAUCGCCUGGCGAGCGAAAGCGCGGCCGCCGCAUAGCCGUCCUAGCAUCUUCAUGGAUUCCAUGGCUGCUGCCAUUCGUCGCGUUAGCGCUGCUGCUGGGGCUGCGGUCGUCCUUAGUACGCGUCCAGGGUGGCAGUGACGGCGGCGGAGUUGCUGCCGCCCCCGCCGCCGCCGCCGGGCCAAUAAAUUCGGAGCAUCAGCGGGCGGCGGUAGCGGCGGCAGCCGCCGCAGCGGCUGCUCGCGCGGAGCUGUACAAGGUCCGUUCGCAGUGCUCGAACACCUGCUUCAAGGCGCUUGACGGUAUCUGUGACGAAGGCAGGCCGCCUAGUAACGCGACCCUGCCGUCGGGCACUGACGCCCAGCUGCGGGGUGUGGAGGGCAACUCUCAGGUUUCGGAGCUCUUCUGUGACCUCGGGACGGACUGUGGCGAUUGCGGCCCAUGGGUCGGCACCGUACCGGGCGGCUGGGACUCAUAUGCGGGGCCUGUGUCCUGGCUGCGAGGUGUUCACAAUGCCAGUGUGUAUGUACGGCGUACGACCACGCCGCUCCCGUUUCUGGCCGCCAUCGUACACCACACUUCUGACCCCGACGUCAGCGCCAUGUUGUGGCACUACGGAGCUAUGGAGGGGGGGGUGACGCGGGUACUGCAUACUGUACUAGACGGGCAGUGCGAGGUGGAUGACGGUGCCCAGGGGGGGGGACGGCGGCGGCGGCUGGUCCUGGACGUGGGGGCAAACUUCGGGUAUUACACGGUGCAGGCAGCACUGUACGGCUGCAGGGUUGUGGCAUUUGAGCCUGUACGGAAGUUCCGAGCCUUCUUAGAAUGGACCGUGCAUGCUGCUGGCGUGGUGGAACGUGUGUAUGUGAGCGAGUGGGCGCUGAGUGAUGAGGAAGUCCCGGAGGAGGCCGGCGGGCAGGGGAAGGGGAAGGAGGCGGCUGGGGAGGGGGGUUCGCAGGUACGGCAGCAGAAGCUGCCGCUGGUGGUUCCUCGGGACGGUGCCUACUGGGGCCUUGCUUCCGUACAUGGCGUCAACGUCAUGCCAAAAGAAGCAUUGGAAACCCUGACCGUCAACGCCACCUCCCUGGGCCACUGGGAGAUGUGGGCGCCUCCAGACGCCCGUCCCAGCGACGUGAUCUUACUCAAGAUGGAUGUGGAGGGCUGGGAGGCCCACGUGCUGAAGGGGGCAUCCGGGCUCUUGAGUCGCCACGUAGACCAUGUACUGCUGGAGUACUCGCCAGGCAAGCACGGGUGCAUUUACGAGCGCAACAACAUGAGCGACCUAGGGCCUCAGACCGCUCUGCCGUCAACGCUGCUAGCGCUGGCACGGUCGGGCUUCGCGCUGGCGCACAUGCCCACCUUUGAGUUCAGCGCGCCGUGGCCUCCGCGACCGAUUGACCCGAAGGAGCCGCUUCCCCCCCUGGAGGAGGUCACGGAGGCGGCGCUGCUGCACGACUUGGAAGCUCUGGAGUACCGCCGAGCCAUGGAGGUAAGUCCCGGCGGCUGUCCCCUACCUUCCGAGCUCAAGGAGGGCUUCCCAGUGUGGCGGCAUUGCCGGGAGUGGAUGUACGGCGUCCACCCCAAGGGCUUUCGCUCGGCCUUCGGAUUCAACACCAACGUCUGGGCGGCGCGGCGGAAAUCAGCGACGACGGCAGCGGCGCCAGUACGGCAUUUACGGCUCCAAGGUGUGGCGGCUCUCUUCGACGAAACUCAGGACAUGCGGGUAUGGACCUCCAUUCGCCGCCCGGGUGUCGGCAUCGGCCUCAUCAACUGCAACAACAUUGGCUCCGGCCACCUGCAGCUGUUCCGCUGUCCGUGCCCAGCCGCGGCGCCAUCCACGUGCCCCAAGGAGCAGCAGCUGGUGGCGCGGUUGGCGACGGAGGGCAAGAUGCCGUUUACGGAAACAAAAUCUGCAGCCUCGUCGCGCUAA